CUCUCACACUCUCUCAGUGUGAGAGAGAGAGAGAGAGAGAGAGAUGGAGCCUCCACACCUCAAGCUUGUGAUUCUUCAAGGCCCUCGAGAAGGCGAAACCCUAGGGUUCGAACCCGGCAAGGUCGUGCGGAUCGGUCGCAUUGUUCGCAACAACACUUUCUCCAUCAAAGACGCUGGCAUUUCCUCCAAUCACCUAUCAAUCUUGGUUGAAUCCGCCAAAUGGGUAAUCCGAGAUCUCGAUUCCUCCAAUGGCACCUUCCUGAAUGGUUCCAAAAUCCCUCCCAACACUCCCUUCGAUCUCCACCACGGUGAUACCAUCAAGAUCGGAGAAUUGACUUCUAUUCAGGUAGAUCUACAGGCUCAGGAAGGUAGCUGCAUACGGCGAAACCCUAGGCGUCAAGCCGCAGCCAAGGCGAAUAGUACAGUACGCGAGAAAUUGGAGGAGAAGGAUGAGAAUUUGGAGGGGAAGAGUUCAGAGACAGUGGUGAUUGUGCCGGUGGAGAAAAAAAGAGGUAGGCCGAGGAAGGGCGGGGGCUUGAAGAGUGAAGUUGUGGAAGAGUUUAGUAAGGUUCAGCUUCAGAGUAUUGAUGAAAAUGUUGAGGUUGGUGGUGAAUUGAAGAAUGUGGUUCCUCUGCAAGAAAAUGUGGAACCGCCCGCGAAUAAGCGGGCAACCCGAAAUUCGAAGAAGCAGCGGCAGCAACAGAGUGUGAUUGGAGCUUCUAACUCUAGUAUUGUGACAAAUAGUAUAGACAAUUCUGGUUUGAAAUGUACAGAAGAGAAGAUUGUGGAAAAGAAAACAACAAGGGCUGGUACUAGGAGGAGGAAAUUACAGGAAGAGACAUCUCUUCCUGAUGCCAUCUCGGAAGAUAUGGUCCAGGAAGCGAGGGACAACACAGAGGCGAAUAAGAAUCCUAGUGUUAAAGUGGAUAUUGAAGAUGAGAGCAAAAAAGAUUGUAGUGUCAAGGAGGCUUGUAGUAGUAAGAGGGAAGAAGAAGAAGCUUGUUCUUCUCAAAGGAAGGAUUCGAAUAAAAAUGGGGAUUGGCCUGAUUUGGAGAAGUUAACUCUUGGUGAGUGGUUCGAUUUCUUGGAGGUUCACUUGCCAAAACAGAUAAUUGAUGCAACUGAAGAGAUGAUUGACUCUAUGAAAGAUAAAGCCGAGCGAGUCCGUGAUUACAUGGUAAAGCAGAGGAAUGACAAGGCUACAUUACCUGUAGGAUAGAAACAUUUCGUGCUUCUGUGGUAAUUAAUCAUUUAUUUUUUCCCAUAGUUUAAGGUGCUUCUGCUUCGAAGUUACAGGUUUCUUUGUAUAUAAUGCGUUAAAAUGUCUCCUGCUUAAUUUGACACUGAUUGCAAACAUUGAAUUAUCUGUAUAUCAGUAAGUGGCAAACAGCUAGCGAUCUCUUACUUGACAUGGUUAGGUGUCUAGAAGGUUUCUGCCACUCUUAGAUAUUAUGCUGAUGAUCUUAUUAUGUGGAAUUUAAGAAGUAGGUCCUCUAGAUCCUUUUCCCCACAGCUCUGAAAGGUACUUUUUGGCAGAAGUGAGAUCUGCAUGUGCAUUUUGUGCAUUCAGCUGUCA